CGGUGGCGGCGGCUCCGAGCGGGGGGGAGCGGACGGUCGGCGCGGCCAUGGAGGCGCCCUCCGUGCCCUCGGUACCGGCCGCCGCGGGCCGCGGGCCCAUCAAAGGCAUCCUGAAGAAGAGCAGCAGCAAGGCAGCGUCGGCGGGAGCGGGCCUCGGGGCACGGCGGUCCAACCCGGCCUGCGACGAGGACGAACACGGUAAAAAAUCCCAGAAGUGGGAUGAAAUGAACAUUAUAGCUACAUACCACCCUGCAGGCAAAGAUUAUGGCUUGAUGAAAAUAGAUGAACCAAGUACUCCUUAUCACAGCAUGGUAGGAGAAGAUGAUGAGGAUCCAGUGAGUGAUUCAGAAGCAAAUGAGCCCUUAAAAGCAGAUGUGCUGAGUAAAAAACUGGCAGCUGCAGCUGAAGGUAAAGGACCCAAGAUCAUAGCAAGGCAAGAGGAAAGUAGUGAGGAGGAGGAAGAGGAUGAAGAAUUAACACCUGAGGAACGAGAGAAAAAGAAACAGUUUGAAAUGAAGAGGAAAAUGCACUACAAUGAAGGAAGAAACAUCAAACUGGCAAGACAGCUCAUUGCAAAAGAACUAUAUGGUGAGGAAGAGGAUGAUGAUGAGGAUGAAGAGAUGUCCGAUGCUGCAGAUGUGGAAACAAUGAGUACAGAAGCUACUGUACAUGGGGAAAGGAGGGCUCCAAUAGGCAACUGUAUGACCUUUCUUCAUGGCUUGAAGCUGCCAUCUCUCUGCACUCUGCUGUAAAACAGAGGCAACUCCGCUCCCCAGCUGCAUUCACCACUGGAAAGAAGGCAGACCUUUGCAGCAUUUUUCCAUUCCACCUUCCUCAUAACCAGCUUCAGAGCCACAACUGGUAAUUAUCAAUUUUAGACUGCUCACAGUUUAUAAAUUGUCUGCCAGUUUAUCAACCCAUGAACUAACUGAUUCGCCUCCACACCAUAGCAUAUAGAAAUACUUUCCAUUAACCUGAUUUAGUUCUCAAUUCUUCAUUUUUCUAUCAUUCUGCUUAAACCUUGAUGUUUCAUUAUCUCCUAGUCUCUGUAUCAGCUCUCACAGCUUUUGGUCUUUGUCCUUGGAUCAGUUCUUCUGAGGUUCAGUACUGGUCCUUCUUCUGUAGCAGCUGGUGAAUUGAAUAUCCUCAGACAUUCCUAUGUCGAGAUGAUAAAUGUUCAGCAAUAUAGCUGUGUUAAUGUCAGAGUUUUACCUGAAUAACUUUUGAGAUUACAUCUAUUUCUCUCUCAUCUGUAUUUUGAGAGCACAGAAGAAUUUCCUUAUUCAUAAAUGUCAAUUAGGGCUAUGGAACAUUUCUCAAAUAGAUGGUUUUAACACUUGCUACUUGGGUUUUUUGUUCAUCUCUGCUUUUGGUCGUGCUGUGCUUUUGGUCGUGCUGUGCUUUUGGUCAUAUUAAGCACUUGAGUAUUUAAAACAGUAUUUCAAUUUGAUUGUUUCCUUUGUGGAAGUAGAUCAAAACACUAUUAAUAUUCAUGUUCCUGAGAUUCCUUUGUUAGUACUCUAAGAGUAUGGAAAGAUUAUUCACCUGGAUAACUUUCAAGAAGCUCUUUGACUUUGAAUUGUGUUUUAAAGUGCUUUUGUAUAGAGCAGGAAAGGAGGGGUUGAGUGAUGCAGGAGCUGAUUUUUGCAAUGGCUUGUUUUGGCUUCACUGACUAACAGCCCUGACACUUGCUUUUAACUGCAAAGGAAAUGUCUUGGGUUUUCUUGUGUUGUACUGUAGCUACAUUUUGAUAAAUCCUUCCAUUUGACUUGAGUUCUUGGGAAGUUGUGGAAAUCAUGAAUUGAUGUGGCUACCACUCACCGAUUAUGCCUGUCAGUCUAUGUGAGUGGGAACUGGAAUGCAGUGUCUUUUUAUUCCAAUGCAAUAACGUGACUUCUCUAGUACUGAUGAUUAUUGCAGGUAAAGAUGUGACAUAAAAGAUAUUUCCAAGUGAUCUGUUGUGACUUGAGGGCUCCACUGACUCCUGGGUUGUCUUUUAGGCAAUUUGAGAUCCUCUUCUCACUCUGAAGGUUUUUUUAUCUGUGAAAAUCCCUUAAAAGUUCUGUUCUUCUCUGACCUGAUGUUCUUUUUUACCCUCUAAUCCUUUCUGGUUUGUAUUUGAGUAAAACUAACAGUACUCUUCUAAUCUCCGUACUCCCCUUUUGAAGAAGGGGCUAAAGUCUUAAGCAGAUUUUUAAGAAGGCUCCUGUCAGACAUCCCCAGGUUCGCUAAUC